GGACAGAAACCUCCGCGGCUAGAGUGACUUAUCUGCGCGUAGUUCGCUUUUUGGGUCACAUGACCUGUGCUGCGGUUUUUCGAGCAGCUCCCCCCCACCACUCUUCAUACUUCUGCAAGACUUCCUGUCCAUCACAUGAACGCGGCAAACCAGCCUAAACGUGCGCUUCCUGAAUGUAGCCUGUAUCAAUUCAAAAAAUCUUGAGCUCUUGUGAUUCAUGUUGAAUGGAACUACUGAAUGCUGGGCCUUUCAGAACACAGGGCUUUUUAGGUUAUAGGUCAAAGGACAAAGACACUUUGAUCUUAAAAAAGUCACUUGGGUUUUAAAUCAGGAUGAUUCAACUAUUGUUACUGCUGCAAAGCCCCAAGAAUAGUGUUGAGUUGUGAAUCACUAGAAAUAACAACGUUAAACAGCUAAUAUGUUUCUGAUACUACAUUUAAUGUGUCCAUAUCACAGCAGCACUAAUUUACCACUAUUUUAUUUUAACUAUUCCAGCUUCACAAUUGUAUGAACAGCUGCCGUUGACCAGCAGGUGUACAGGGAAUAAAUAGCUCCAGAUGAGUCAUUAGAUUAGUGCGACAGAGCCUUGUGCUGCGAGAGAAAGUCUGCGUUUCCAUCAGCAGCACGGUGAAUGUGACAUGUAAGCAGCGAAGGCCCUCCUCUCUUAACUUUUCAAAUGAGGAAGUUCAGAGCAGAGCCAGUAGCAGCUUCCUUUUACAGCUUUCGGAGGCAGGGGAUGAACAAGUGAAAGAAAGGACUUGCAAACGUUACGCUCUCCGAAAUGAUGAAAAUAGCCAAGAGGAGAAAUUGAGUGUGUGGCUGGUUUGCUGGAACAUAUUCGACAACAAAUGCAAGACUCCUGAGCGGAGGCUCUUUUGGCGAGAAACAGGAUGCAAAAGCCUUGGUACCAUGGUAAUAUAACUCGAUCCAAAGCCGAGGAUCUUCUAUCCAAGGCGGCGAGGGAUGGGAGCUUCCUUAUCCGGGACAGUGAGUCCAUACAAGGAGCGUACGCCCUCUGUGUUUUAUUCCAGAACUGUGUGUACACGUACAGGAUUCUGCCCAAUGAGGACAAGAAGCUCUCUGUGCAGGCAUCUGAGGGCGUCCCCAUUAGGUUCUUCACCAUGCUGCCGGAGCUGGUCGACGCCUAUUACAAUCCCAACAUGGGUCUGGUCACGCAUCUGCAGUACGCCGUCAUGAGGGAGGAGGACGUGGAGGAGGAGCCAGAGUCCAGUCUUCCACCACAGCUCCCACCAAGAAACUUCACCUGUAAUGAAGUGAAAGAAAGCGAGGCUCCGGAGCAGCCCAGCAAGUCCUUAUCAGACACCCUCCUGGCGAGGCUGCAGUACAUGGACCUGUCCUCAAUAUGUGAGGAGCAUCAAAUGGCGAUUCAGGAUUACUUCCGGACCUCCAUCCUCUUAGAUGCUGAACAAAUCCAGAACGGCAACCACCACCUCCCUGGGCUGAAGAAGCUGACGAUGGCGAUCUGUAAAAACCUGAACAGUGAAAUGUCUCGUAUCCUCCCGGCGCUAGAGGCUUUUCAAAGAGUGCUGGACCAGCAGCUUUCUCCAGCGCCCGGACAGUUCACACGACAAAUUUCUGCAGAUUCAAGUCAGUCUGUAGUGUUUAAGCUCGAGCAACUGACAAAACUGCUCUACUCAGUAGAAGACAAGGUGAAAGGUUCUGUGUUUGAGUCCACUGGAUAUGACGGCGGCCACAGAAAAUCUCUCAUACCAGCUGUUACAUUUGAGGUCAAACAAGAAUCUCUCGGCAUCUCCACAAAAAUGUUUCUGAAAGUCGAUGUGGAAAGCGGGAAGAUCAUCUUCAAGAAAUCUAAAGAUGGACCUGAAGACAAAUGCUUCAUGCACAAUAAAAUCUUGCAGCUGGUGAAAUCCCAGAAAAUGCACGCCAAGCUCGUCAUUGUGGUCGAAACAGAGAGAGAGAAGAUUCUGCGUAAGGAGUUUGUGUUUGACGACACAAAGAAAAGGGAAGGAUUCUGUCAACUACUUCAACAAAUGAAGAACAAACACUCUGAAAAGCCUGAACCAGACAUGAUCACAGUCUUUAUUGGCACAUGGAACAUGGGGAAUGUCGGUUCUCCCUCCAACAUCAAAUCCUGGUUCCAGUGCAAGGGCCAAGGGAAGACGCGGGACGACACUGCCGAUCACAUCCCACACGACUUUUACGUCAUCGGGACGCAGGAGGAUCCGAUGGGUGAGCGGGACUGGGCGGAAACCGUCAAAAGCGUCCUGAGGAAUACAACAAACAUCAGCUUCAAACAAGUGGCCGUUCACAGUCUGUGGAACAUUCGGAUCAUGGUUCUAGUGAAACCCGAGCAUGAGAACAGGAUCUCCCAUGUCUUCUCUGACAGCGUGAAGACGGGGAUUGCCAACACUCUGGGGAACAAGGGAGCGGUGGGAGUGUCCUUCAUGUUCAAUGGAACGUCCUUUGGCUUCGUCAACAGUCACCUGACCUCCGGAAGUGAGAAGAAGCUCAGACGCAACCAAAACUACAUCAAUAUCCUGCGAUUUCUCAACCUGGGAGAUAAGAAGCUCAAUCCGUUUGACAUCACUCACCGGUUCACGCACCUCUUCUGGCUCGGUGACCUGAACUACCGAGUGGACCUCCCCUCUUCAGAAGCUGAGAACAUUGUGACUAAGAUCAAACAGCAGCAGUACCAGGAACUGCUCAGUAAAGACCAGCUCAGCAUGGAGAGGAAUGAGGGAAGGGUCUUCUUGCAUUUUGAUGAGGAGGAAAUCACGUUUGCUCCCACGUACCGCUUCGAAAGAGACACGCGAGACAAGUAUGCUUACACCAAGGCCAAGGCCACAGGGACUAAAUACAAUUUACCCUCAUGGUGUGAUCGAGUCCUAAGAAAGUCGUACCCUCUGGUUCACGUCGUCUGCCAAGCGUACGGAUGCACCAACGACAUAUUGACAAGUGACCACUCGCCGGUUUUCGCCUCGUUUGAAGUUGGCGUAGCUUCGCAGUUUGUCUCCAAACAAGAUCCCAACAGUGCCCAUCAGGGCGGGAUCCAGAUCAUGAACUGCAAGGCCACUUUACGCACAAAAUCAAAGACCAAGUUCUUCAUUGAAUAUCACUCCAGCUGCUUGGAAAAAACGGUGAAAACUUCAGAGGGUGAGAACACGUGUGACACAGAGGGGUCGGUUAAAGUCUGGUUUGGAAAUCAGGUGGAGCUCACCCCCAUCAUCUCCGACCCAGAGUACCUCCUGGACCAGCACAUCCUCAUCUGCGUGAAGUCCACAGACUGCGACGAGUCUUUCGGCGAAGGCUGCGUGGCGCUGCGAGCCGCCCAGUUUUGCUACACGGAGUUUCAGGUCACGCUGACUCACCAGGGGGAGAAGACGGGCGUCCUCACCGGUGGCAUCCAGUUGCAUACCUCCGAGGGCAAGCCCACCGAGAAGCUGUACGACUUCAUAAAGGUUGAGCGGGAUGAUGUCGCCUCAAAGGGCAAAGGCGGAGACUGCAAUAAGUUCUCCAUGACCCAAGCGCAUGAUAUCUCUAACCCAAACUACAUGGUGGGGAUGUCCUUCAAAACUGGGAACGUUAUAGAUAAAGGCUGGAGUUACAGCAUGCCCCCUAAAAACCAACCUUGUGCAGGGCAGGGAUGUAAAGAUUCUAAGAAGACUGGUUAUGAUGUGGGUGUACGCAGUCCCACAGGAAAGCCAUGUCCCCAGGGGGAGGAGGAAAGAGGGUCCGAAAUGUUUGACAACCCUCUGUACGGGUCAAUGGGAAAGGCCCAGAAAGACCAUUUGACGGCCCCCGACCCCGUUCUUGCAUAUUGCUCCAAACAGGCGGAAGUGGAACCCGAGCGCCCGCCGGUGCCCACCCCACGCAACCGCUCCUUCACCUGCUCAGAGACUAAACCUCAGCCUUCAGCCCCGAUCACCCUGCACCCCCUAAUGCAGAAGAAGCCGGUGAUGCCCUCUCGCUCCGAGGGAGGAAUGGCACACAACCGGCCUCCUUUGCCCGCUAAGUUCCGGCCCGCUGUACCAGAACCGCAGGCAUUGAAAGUCAGGGACUACAGAGACAGCUCGGAACUGGCCAGCAAACUCAGGGUCCCGGCAAGACCCGGCCAACCACAGCCUCAGAAAGACAUGCAUCCUGAUGUCCCCAAGAUGGGCCGUUCUGUGAAGUGAAAUCAGGGAGUUGACAAUUUGGGAAAUAUUUCUAUAUUCUUUAUUUCUGCAUCCUAGCAAGAUGGAGAAUAACUCAGUUUCCCAAAGUGUAUUCUAAUGAACUUAGACGAACAUUAGACUCACUUUUACAUGUCAUUUCUGCUUAGCUUGCAUUAAAACAUAGGUUUACCUGGAACUCUGCUUAGAAAUAUGUUGGUUACAUUUUACUGUAGGUAGAGUUUUACACUAUACAGUUACUAUUGUUUACCAUAAAGUAUUCUUAUUCUUGUGUAUAAUACUCCAAAUAAAUCUAAAUGUUAAAGCUUUGCGAGA